UCUCAUCAUAGCUUGUUGCUACCUGAUCGUCCUAAGCACUGACUGACAUCUUCUACCUUCGUUCCUUGGGUCUCAAAGUGUGUCUCUUUGUCCUCCAUCUCCUGCCUCAUUCCAUUCUCCACCAAAACGAAUCACUCAAUCAUUGGGGGUCAAGAUGGACUCGCGGCCGAAUAUUCUCUUCAUCAUGGCAGAUGACCAUGCAUCCAAGGCCAUCAGCGCCUAUGGCGCUGGCAUAAACAAUACGCCAAACCUCGAUCGGCUUGCUAAGAAUGGCAUGCUCUUCAAUCACUGUUAUGUAACAAACUCCAUUUGUACACCUUCUCGAGCGGCUAUUCUUACAGGCACACACAACCACGUGAACGGCGUCAUGACGCUCGAUAACCACAUCAACAAGCAUAUGCCAAACGUAGCGAAGCACAUGCGCACGGGCGGGUACCGUACGGCCAUGGUAGGCAAGUGGCAUCUGGGUGAAGGCGAACCACACGAGCCGACGGGGUUCGACUACUGGAGCGUCCUGCCAGGUCAGGGAGACUACUGGGACCCCGAUUUCAUCGAAAUGCCCCCAGGCGGCAAAGGUGCGGGCGUCGAGCGUCACGAAACAGGCUAUGUCACGGACAUCAUCACCGACAAGUGCCUCGAGUGGAUAACUGCCACUGAGAGCUCUGGCAAGCCCUUCUUUGUGAUGUGCCAUCACAAGGCUCCUCAUCGAUCUUGGGAAUGCGAUACAAAGCACAAGAGCCUGUAUGCCGACAAGCCGAUCAAGGUUCCAGAGACGUACGACGAUGACUACAAGAAUAGAGCUAAAGCUGCCACAGUAGCCAAAAUGCGUGUGGCUGAGGACUUGACAUAUCAGGAUCUUGGACUUGUUCAGCCUGAUGGAGGUCGGUCGGUAGGUGAGCGCGUCACUCAAGAGUCUGGCUCGGCCCAACGCAAGAUCCCAACGGACCCGAGCAUUAAGCUGAUUGACAAAGAUGAUGGCACUGCUUUCACCUUCACUACGCCUGCCGAGCUGUCUGCCUUCAAGUUUCAGCGCUACAUGCAGCGUUACCUGCGCGUGAUCCAAUCAGUGGAUGACAACGUAGGGCGCAUGCUGGAUUAUCUUGACCAAAAGGGUCUUACCGAGAAUACUCUUGUUAUUUACACCUCGGACCAGGGCUUCUUCUUGGGUGAGCAUGGAUGGUUCGACAAGCGGUUUAUGUACGAGGAAUCUUUCCAGAUGCCCUUCCUGGCGCAGUUCCCGAGGCAGAUUCCAGCCGGCUCUAUCAGCAACGAGAUAUUCUGCAACGUCGACUUUGCUCCGACCUUCCUCGAGCUGGCAGGCAUCAAGACCCCGAACUAUAUGCAAGGCAAGUCGGCACUGCCUUUGAUGCGCGGGGGAUCCGUGACGGGCCCGGAAUGGGAUAACGUCGCGUACCACCGUUACUGGAUGCACAACGAUGUAAUUCACCAGGCUUAUGCGCACUACGGCUGUCGCAAUCAGCGGUAUAAGCUCAUCUACUGGUAUAACGAGGACCUCGGAGUUGUAGGCGCGCGGCCAGGAAGGGCGGGAAAUACUAGUGAGCCAGAGGAGAAGGAGUGGGAGCUAUUCGAUUGCGAGAAGGACCCUCUCGAGCUCUUCAACUUGUACAAUGAUACUACGUAUAGUGAUGUGGUCAAGCACAUGACGGCUCUCCUCGAGGCUAAGAUGGAGCAUAUUGGGGAUGAUCCAAUCCAUCUCCGGCUGAGUGGUCCAAGUAAAGGUGUGCCAGCGGCAGUCAACAAAGGCAAGCCUCUUAGCCUGGCAAACUCUGUGAAGACGAGCCGAGAUGAAGCUCUUGUACUCGUUCAGGCCCGUGUGAAGGGUUUUUGGUUCCGUCACUUGGAGAGAAUAGCACGCCAUGGCCCCUUAGGAAUUCUCCACUUCCCCGCAAACACGGUCGCCUCAGCUCCAUCACCGUCCAAAUCAUUCACACCUCUCCAACUGGGGCAACGUCAUCCUGCAACUCACGAGCCGACAAGUAUCGGUCGCGAGAAGGAUGGCAUGGAUUACGAAAAGCAUAUCGGUUAUUUCAAGCUUCAUACCAACCCCCACAUCGCUCAAACAUGUCUUCAAUGCAAACAGCGUAAGCUUCGCGAGAAGCCGUCACCGCCCAUUUCAAAGAAACGCCUCAGAGGAGCUCGCGCCUGCUCUUCCUGUCGUCUUAAGAAGAUCAAGUGCUCGGGGACGCUUCCAACAUGUGUCGCAUGUCAGCAGAAGGACAUCAGAUGCACUUAUCCGCCGCUUAAGCGUUAUCGACGCGCUCGGGAAGGCUAUUUGCUUGACGAAUCCACGCCGGAGGACGGGGGGCCUCAGCAACGCGAAUGUUCCCUUCUGGAAAGAGAAGGACGCUUACAGGCUGUCUCCGAAUACUCAAGCAGUCCUCCCGCUACUGAAUUAGCCGAGCAGUACCAACAACAGCAUAAGGAACCGGAGCAGCAACAGGAGCUUGAACACGAUCAUCAACACGACCUAGUGAUCAAUGAGGAGCAUGAACGUGAGCACGAGCGCCAGCACGAACAGGAAUGCAGCGUGGAGCAGGAGCGACGACGAGAACGAGAACAGGAACAGGAACCGGAACCGGAACACGGACGGGAAUGGUCUCACCAGCGCCAGCGUCAGGAUGAGGACGAUCGGCGACUGGAGCAUCAACAGCAUCAGCUGCGAAGAACAGAACUGCAUCGGCAGCGGCAAUCUGCGGGAAAUCCUGCAAGGUGCGAAGAAACAGCAACAAUGCCGCUGUCUUCACCCGCGGACUCAACAGUGUCAUGGCAUCCAUCAUCAACAGAGUCUGUAACAAGAGGCUCAGGGUAUGGCGGCCCAAGCCGCGAUCAAGUAGACACCCUCCUUGACGUCUUCUUCAAAUUCAUCUAUCCCAUGCCAUCAUACGCAUUUCUACAUCCAGAAAUAACCAGGAGAAGAUGCUGUUCUCAUGAUGUGCAUCGUGCCCUUCCUGCUUCUAUUUGCGCGGUUGCAAUGUUGUACCUGCGCAGAGAAGUUGAUCUCGAUCUUGAUCAUCGACAGGACUCGAGUCGAAGAGCGCUCAGCCACAUUGUUGCCUCCGCUGAGGAUACGGGUGCGUGGAUCAGGAUGGCCGAGGAGAGCAUCUGGCGAAGUCUCGAAUCGCCGAGUAUAACCAAACUCCAGGCGCUUCUCCUCGUAAUUCACUAUUACAUAGAAACGGAGCUUUUUCAGAGGGCUUUCAUGUUGACAGCCACGGCUGCUCGCUUCGCCACGACGAUGCGACUCAAUUACGAACGACAUGACCUUCAGCCAGUUGCGCGAGAGGUACGACGUCGUACUCUCUGGUCCCUAAAGAUGGUUGAGCGCUAUUUCUCUACGGGCCUUGCCGAGUUCGACUCGUUACCACUGGAGGUCAUCUACAUCGACUUUCCAAGGAGCGAGGAAGACUUCAUGGCAAUGACCCAUGGUCGCGAAAUUGAUGCUACUGGCAAAGGUGAAGCCAACGGCGAUUAUCACAACUACCAUGGUGAGGGGGGCACCUACGGGCUCAUUAUGCAAUUGGAAGCAAUUCGACGUGAUGUGAUGAAGCUUUCUAGGAGCAUCGCGCUGCUGGAAACGCCUUUGUGUAAUCUCACAGACCUCAUCAGCCACCAUUUACAAACACUAGCAUGCAUGGAGAAACCAGCUCCGAUCCUGGAAGCUCACUUAAGCGCGGAUAAAGCAUUCGAGCCCCCUGGCUGCAGUAGCAGCAGAGACAGAUCAAUCUCCCGAUGGCUGCCCCGUCUAUUGCUGGCCCACAUCUCCUGGCACCAAGCACACUGCGACAUCAACCGCAUCCUUUUGCCUGGGUACUCAGAAGCUGCUCCCGAUGCUGUGCUCGUUGGCCAUGACCACCAGGCCCUCCUUGCUGCUGAGGCUCAAUGCUUGCAUCACGCAAUGCAAAUCAUCUACAUACUCACUGCGCUCAACCAGCAUAGCACACAACACCAUAUCCUCGAAUUCGACACAGCUAUUUGUGCUUAUCAUGCCACCCGUCUGAUCCUCUUCAUCUCUCGAUUCGGUCAAGGACCUGCUCGGCCGUCACCGGAAUUUGCUGUUAGCCGUGCCGAGCUUUGCCUAGCUGCGCUCAAGAGGUUUUUCCGAUUCUCAGCGCUCGUUAGUCCCAUCAUUGGAGAACUGGAGGAGUCCAUCGCCAUCUUCUCAGAGCAGCAAAAAAAGAAACGAAACUUUCCUAGCGAUCAGCCGGAGGCGGCUGGAUUUAUUCACGCGGCAGCGAACCAGGGGUCGGCUGCCGCAGCGAAUGCAACACCUUUUGCGGGAACUCUAUCUAAUAAAACCCCGCCAGGUUUCUCGGGAGUCACAACAAACGAGACAGGCACACCCAACUCCUGCCCAGCUACUGCACCAGCGAUCAACGGCGAACACACAGAGGGUCGGGCUCUGCAGAGUGACGCCCAUCAACUGUCCUCGCUACAGAGUCAAAGCAGAUCAGACGGCCAUUUUUCCGAAGCUGUGCGUGCCCGGCAGCGCUUAGCUGUACACAGCCUAUUGCGCCGCGCUGAAUUAUCAAAUGUUGGACGCGAUGACGAAGAAUACCAGAGGUCCCAUAUUGACGAAGUAACUCUUGGUUCUGAUACAACAGCUCGGCGUCCGCCUUUUACAAUGGAGGAUGACCAUCACAGUCCUCCCAUCCGGGGAAGCCAUGGCACUUCUGAAGAGGAGCGACCUCGCGUGGUUGACGCAUCGACCGCUACCGCUGAUGCGACCGCCGGUUUGCAAUCAGCAGUUCCCAGUCCGAAAACGUACUCCACGACCAACAAUCAUGCUACAAAAAAUAAGUCUCGACCCCAUACGGCCCGGUUUCAAGAUCAAGAGCCAUCGAGCACUCGCAGCUCUGCUGUGCCGGGUCUCUUCGCGUGGUGGGCUCCCCAGGACUGGGCAUGGCUCCUGGAGGAUCAACUCAUGGAAUUGGGCGCAAGCACGUGAGCGGCAAAUCAUGUUAUUAACUCUCUACGUAGCGCCUGUGUUAUCGGCGGAAGUGCGAGUCAUCUCGUUAUAUGUAAAGAAGGAAUAUUGCAAGAAA